ACAAGCAAAAGUUUAUGGACGGACGGACGACGGACACCGCGCGAUCACAAAAGCUCACCUUGUCACUUUGUGACAGGUGAGCUAAAAAAACAUGAAUGUAUUUCAUGUGUGCUUGUACAUACUGUUGAAAUUUAAUAUCUCAAACUCGCUGAUCUAUAAAUUUUGGCUAUCUCAAAGACAUAUUCAAGCCUUGUCCCAAAAACAUGUGCACAAAGUAUCAUUUUAAGUCCAAUUUCAGAUAUCACUAGAUUCCUUAAAAUUUGAGGUUCCAAGUUUCAACUGUAUAUAUAAAACUAAACCUAGGCCUUUACAUUGAACAAGUUAGUUGAGUUCUGGUUAUCUCAAGGCAAAAUUCCCGAUCCAUUUUGAUACCAGAUAUCGAGUGUCAACUGUAUUUAUUAUUAUAUCUUAACUGAAUUACAAAACAUCGUUUUGAGCAAACCUGAGCCUUUUACUUAAAUCAUAUAUUGAUAAUGGAGUUAACAAGAAGCUAUAUAACCCUUACACUGAUCAAGGUUAUAACUGGAUUUAUAGUACAGGAACCUGUUCAAAAUGCCUCUCUACAUGAAAUGUAUACAGCACUUAAAUUGGAAAUAGCUAGUUUAUCUGUCAAAGCAGCAAGUCUACAGAAGGAUUACAACACUGCAAAACUUGAAAACGACAACCUAAAGAAGGAACUAGCAAACCUGACACAGACCAGCACAUUGGUUGAGACAGAACUUGCCAAUACCAAAAUAGAAAAUACAGAACUUCGUGAACAACUACAAAAUAUAUCUACAGAAUUUUCAGCAAUGCAGAGUACUCUCACAUAUUUAACUUCAGAUCAUCAACUUUUGAAUCAGCAGUUUGUUGUUCUAAGUAAUCUGUAUUCAGAGUUGACGGAGAAGUUUGAGAACCUGACAAAGGACAACACUAGCAACCCUGAAACCAGUCUGUCCAACAGUAAGGCAAGGGUCGGUUUCUCUGUUUCCUGGCCAGAAAGGGAACCAUAUGGCCAAACCCAUGAAGGGCCUCUCAAGUUUUCAAACACAUUUUAUGAUGAUGAUAAUAUGUACAAUGGGACUUUAGGAAAAUUUGUCUGCGAAAUCCCUGGAUUAUAUUUUUUCUCUUCAAUGUUGAUACGUCAAGUUGGUCAACACACGGCAUCAUCGUGUUACAUUAUGGUGAAUGAUGUAACUCUGACAUACCUUGAGGGAUAUAGUUUUAACGCUUCUUACGGAAGUCCGUCAGCCACAGGGACCACCUUGUACCACAUGCAAGCAGGAGACACAGCUUCCAUAGGAAACUGUAGUAAUGUUAAUCAAAUAGCAGGAUAUUCAAACUUCAAUGGAUUUCUUAUAGAUGCUGACUAAAAUACAGACAUCAAGUUAGUCAAAAUGAUGGUUAUACAUGUAAUACUAUGCCUUAUAAAAUGGCAUUUGUUUAAAUCAUGAAGUAACUAUACCAUUAUACAGAUAUGAGCUCAUAUUUAUCUCAUGUUUGUUGGGUUUUAUGUCUUAUAUACCUAUACCUAUAUCAAUUCUAUCAAAAAUAUGUCUUGUAUUUCACAAGUAAAUAUGAACAGGCAGAAAAAAAUUUCCGUAUUGUACCUUUUUUAUUGUAUGUUGCCAGACUACAUGUACAUUAAUAUGCAUGACCUGACACAAUUUCAUAAAUAGCGCAAAUAAAUAUUAUAAUAACCCUAUUAUAUUGAUACAUUUCAAGAAUUCAGGUCUUAUGAUGAUCUACUUUUAACUUCCAUCAAGAGUUCAUAAGAAGUUGUUUAAAUCUUUUAUUAAGGACUCUCCCGGCCAGUGUUUGCAGUGCAGCUGAACAAUUUGGCCAGAUUGGAGAAUUAUCCAUGCAAGGAUGCUUUAGCUGAUGGUCAUGAUCAACCUCCCUAUUAAGUUUCAUGAUACUAGGCCCAAGCAUUCUUGAGUUAUUGUCCGGAAAUGACUGAACUGUUCUGGGCCAUUGUGACCUUGACCUUUUACCACAAAAUCAAUAGGGGAUGCAAGGAUGCUUUUAUGCUCUAGUGGUUCAUGAGAAGAGGCCAUUUAUUUUUUUUUUCUAUUUUCAAGAUUUUUCUAUAUUAAGUUCUUGACCAGCCUGUAUGCUAUGCUUAUUAGACAUUUACGGAUUAAGUCUACGUGGACUGUGAACACCUAAGACGAUCGAUUUUUCAAGGGGACCGUCUCAACAUGAUAAUUUUAAUUUAUGUUUGGUAGGAAAACAUUCCUAUAAUGAUGGUAAGGUCUGGCUUAAUAUGUCACUGCACAGGAUAAUAUUUGGAUUUGUCUGUCCGUCCGUCUGUUCGCCAAAGAAAUGUUUUGUUAUGCAUAUCGCAAAAAGUAUUUGAUCUAGCGUCAUAACACUUUCCUGAAAUGUUCUUCAAUAUUAUAAGUUGCGCAUCUGCGACAAAGUUGAAAAGAUGAGCUAGUCUGAUCGCAAUGUAUCCGUAUUCCAUCGUCGUCGUUGUGCAACAUGAAAAAAAAUCUAAACUGUGUAGGUUGGGAUCAAAAUGUAGGUCAGCAGGUAAAACAUUGUGAAAACUGUAGGAAACGUAAUAUCUUGCAUCUCCAUUCCUUUGUUGUUAUUAUACGCCCGAAGGGACGUAUUUUGGGAUACCACAGGUGUUCAUCUGGCCGUCUGUCUGUCUGUCUGUCUGUUUGUCUGUCUGUCCGUUAACAAUAUCGGAUUUAAGGAUUUUAAAAACACUUGAAACUUAUGUUAUCCACAUCAAGAGGACGUGCUCAGCGCCUGUAUCAGGUGGCUUGCUUUAAGGCCAAGGUCACACUUCGGGGUCAAGGUCAUAUGACUUUGUUUCGUGUCCGCUCUGUAACUCUUGAUCUGUAUGAGGGAUUUUAAAGAAACAUUACACAAAUGACCACCACAUCGAGUCGACGUGCAGAGUGCAUGUUUUGGAUGGCUAGAUACAAGGUCAAGGUCACACUAAGGGGUCAAAGGUCAUAUAAGUUUCAAGUCAAUAGC